AUGUGUAUCAUGGCUUGCAACCGAUCCAAUGAGAUCCCCAAUCUCUCAAUAGACCAAGGGACUUACCUCAGCCAACAUCUGAGUCCUCAACAUCUGAGUCCCCAGUCGAGACCCGCCGACUUCUUUGACAGGCCCGAUCCUCUCGCUGCCAACUGGAGCUAUGAUAACGCCAUCGAUCUCUUCUCCCUCAACCCCACCGAUAUGGAGCCCGUGUCAUUCGACUUUGCCGACAGUCUCACCAACCUCGAGUCCAAGGAUCUCUUCAAUGACCCCUUUGCUAGCUCUGGCAUUAGUGGAUUCACCAUGCCCAUGGCUGAGGAUUCAGCUUCACUAUCGUCGGAAUUCGAGAGUGACGAUCAGAACUGGCAAUCUGCCGCUGCCCGGCAAUCCAUUGACUCGAAUGCGUUCGAGACCCAAUCGCCAACUCAACCCUCAAAUUACCCCGCUCCUCAACAGCCUCAAAUACAGAGCAAGACCCGCUCUUCUUCAACAUGGUCAUCAAGUCCAGAAAUGAAGGAAGAAGAUAUCGCUACCCCUCAACCCUCCAAAUCCACCUUCUCCACAUCCCGCAAGACCCGCAGCUUUUCCCGAGACUCAAACCACUCCUCAACGGGCGGUCAAGAUCCUCAAAUGCGGAAUGCUGCCAAGCGUGCCGCGCAUAACAUCAUCGAGAAGCGUUACCGCACCAACAUGAAUGCCAAGUUUGUGUCCCUUGAGCAGGCCAUCUCGCCCUCGGGUGUUCAAAAACAUACCAAGGUUGGCGCAGGGUCUCUCAAGAAGUCUGAGAUUCUCACCAAUGCCCUGACCUACAUCGAUGGCAUUCAGCAGGAGAACCAAGCCCUACACAAGGAGCUUGCCCUGCUCAAGCAGAACUUGAUGCCCGGUGGAAUUUGGCGUCAUACCAAGAACCCCCGACUAUGA